AUGACGAUUGCCGAGUUAACUGAUGAGGUUAAAGGUUUAAAAGAUGAAAUCAAAGAAUCAGUCGACGAUCUAACUAAACAACGUUUAGAAUAUAUUGAGAAAGCUGAGGUUCAGGAAGGAGUUGCCAGAGCUAAUCGUAAAGAAGACAUGUCUGCCUUAACAACAUCUUUAACAACAGCUUUGACAACAUCCUUGUAUACAGCUUUGGCAACUGCUAUGAAAGACAUUAUUACUGAUGUUCUUGGUGUCGAUCCUGAAGGUUGGAUUUUUCAAGCUGACCAAUAUUUUAGCUUACAUGGGAUUACUCCAGCUUUUAAGAUACCAGUAGUUGCUGCUCGUCUUAAAGGUGAUGCCAAUUCUUGGUAUCGAUGGACUAAGAAGUCUCUUACUACACCAACUUGGGAGGAAUUUUGUACUUUUCUUGGUAAUCGAUUUGCAGAUCAUAAGUUUAUCAAUCCUCACACUGCCUUAACCAAAUUGACUCAAACAGAGAUUCAGCAUGUUCCUCCUAAUACUACUGACUUGCAGCAGGAACAAGAACUUAAAAUUUCUUUGCAAUCUUUAAUGGGUUCUACUUUUCCCAAUACAAUGAGAAUUCAGGGCUAUAUCAAGGCUAAACCGCUUACAAUUCUAGUGGAUUCUGGAGCUACACACAAUUUCCUCCAUCCAGCAAUUGCAAAGCAAUGUGGCUAUAAGAUUGAAUCAUAUUCUUCCUUAUGUGUCACAAUAGGUGAUGCAGACAUCAGCGGUUGUGAUGCAGUGUUGGGUGUUCAAUGGUUGCAUACUUUGGGACUAAUAUCUUGGGAUUUUACCAAAUUGACUAUGCAGUUAAAAAUUAAUGAAGAGGAUAUCAUCUUACGUGGAAAUAAUUUUUCUUCUGUCAUGAUUAUGGAUGUUUCUCCCAUGCAACGUUUACUAUGCAGAGAAACUUAUGGUUUUCUUCUUCAACCAUCAUCAUUAAACACUGCUAUUAAUACUACUUCAGUUGUGCCGCCUAUGAUUCAAAAAUUAUUGUCUGAAUAUGAAGAUAUUUUCAAGAUUCCAAAUAUUCUUCCACCUGAACGUUUGCAUGAUCAUCAUAUUCCAUUACUUCCUGGUUCUACUCCUGUUAAUGUGAGACCAUAUCGUUAUCCAUAUUUUCAGAAGGAUGAGAUAGAAAAAAUUGUAUCUGAAUUACAACAAGCUGGUUUCAUUCGACCCAGCUCUAGUCCUUAUUCUUCUCCCAUUUUAAUGGUUCGUAAAAAAGAUGGUUCCUGGAGAAUGUGUGUGGAUUAUCGAGCCUUAAAUAAACUGACUGUCAAAGAUAUAUUUCCUAUACCAAUGGUGGAUGAAUUGUUGGAUGAGAUGCAUGGUGCCACCAUUUUUUCUAAACUGGAUUUUCGUUUUGGUUAUCACCAACUUAGAGCCUUACUUACGUUCAUGCUUGUUUUCUUUGAUGAUAUUUUAAUCUACAAUAAGAGUCUUGCUGAUUAUAUCAAUCACUUAUCCUUAGUGUUUGAUAUGAUACGAACUAAUAAGUUGUUUGUUAAAGACUCAAAGUGUGCAUUUGCUCAAAGUUCUAUUGGUAAUCUUGGACAUGUAAUUUCUUCUGAAGGAGUUUCAGUGGAGAAUGACAAAAUACAAUGCAUUUUGUCAUGGACAAUUCCUACCACAAUUAAGGCACUACGAGAUUUUUUGGAUUUAGCUGGCUAUUAUAGGAAGUUUGUUAGAGAUUUUGGAAAAAUCAAUGCACCAUUAACUCAGUUACUCAAGAAAUAUGCUUUUUUUUGGACUGACAAAGCCACUGCCGUUUUCCAACAACUCCAACAAGCUUUAACUUCAACACCAGUUUUAAUACUUCCAGAUUUCUCAAAAGAUUUUUUGUUGGAAUGUGAGGCUUUUGGGAAUGGAUUAGGUGUUGUUCUGGUGCAAACAAAUAUGCCAAUUGCAUAUUACAGAAAAGAGAAUGUUGCAGUUAAUGCCCUAUCACGUCUUCACAGCUCUGUUUUUCUUCUUUUUGCGCCAAUUUUUUCUGGUCUUACUGACAUUAUUAAAGAGUGUCAUGAUGACACAGAAUUGAGUGCUCUUAUUCAACAGUUACGUGACAAUGCUUCUUGUAAGAUACAUUUUUCAUAUGAGAAUGGAGUAUUGAGUUACAAAGGUAGAAUAGUAGUACCAUCAUCUUCUACUUGGUGCACUAACCUACUAGAAGAGUUUCAUUCCAAUCCUAUUGGUGGACAUUCUGGAUUUUUACGUACCUACAAGCGUCUACAACAAAGUUUUUAUUGGAAAGUUGUUGUAGAUGCAAAUUUUCCGAUCACAGUGGAUUAUGAUAAAUGGGAACCGGAUAAAAUUUUGGAACGUGAAAUGUUCAAGAGAGGAAAUCAUGCAGGCACUAAAUGGUUAGUUCAGCGGAAAGAUCAUCCAAGGGAAGAAGCAACUUGA